GCCGGAGUACAGAAAUUAUAAUUAGUCGAUGUUGUCUUCCAUUGGGUUCUUCGCUGAAAUAGACUGUCCAUUUUUCAGACGUGACCACUGUAAGCGGCCCCACUGUCUGUACAAGCAUGACAAAGACGAGCGAGGAAUGUUUGACAACACCCUGUGUGGCUCACCGGUAACAGCAGCAGGUGUUUGGAAAACUCAUUCCACUUCCAUCAAUGGAGCCCCACAGGUCAAUGAAGCCAAAGACCCUUGCCUUUUGGAGUUGGAGAGGAUCAACAAAGAAAUUGAGACUGUGAAGAAUGAGGUUGAGAAGGAGCAAAGGAGAUUAUCUCGUUACCAAACUGUGCAGGUGGACAGUGAAAGAACAGGGUCCAAGAAAGUCUUGAUUGCCAAAUCUGAAACACCAGGUAAAGAUCUGAAUGGAAAUAGCGUAAAGUCUAAACACAGGCAGUCAACUACAGUCUAUUCUCCUGCCCGGAGGAAGUAUGUGGUUGACAAUUCCAAACCCAGGACUGAUUUGGAAUACGACCCCUUGUCCAACUUCUCAGCUUCUUUGCGAUCUAGUGGUUGUUCUGAGUACAAACCAGGUAAUGAGCAGAAAGUGAGAAGUGGGCAAGGUGUGAAGAGGACGAGAGAGAAUGUUUGUAAGGAGGACCAAACUAAGCCACCUUCUCAAGAGUUCACUGCCUCACCAGCUAGUAGUAACAAGUUAGUUGAUGACUCUGAAGAAGAAGAAGGGGUCCUCAUCAUUGAUAUUCCACCUCUGGAGAGCGAUAUAAAGAAGUGUCGGGCUCAGAAGCCCUGUAAGAUCACCACAAACCAAUCACAGGAAAUCAAAGAGGAAGUCCACACUGUUUUUGUUCCUACUGUGGCUCAUGCUCCACUUAGUAUUCCACUUCCUGUGUCCACUCCUGGUCCUGAAGUAGUCGAAGUCCUAUCCCCACCUGCAGUGUCUGAGAUUGUGAAAGAUGAUAAUCUCAACACUUAUGGCCUAUCUAGUGUUUCCGCUAGUCGGGAAAAUGAAGGUGAACCCAGUGCUGAGAGUGUAUUCGAUGACUUGUCCAAAUGCUUGGAAAACCUGAGGAGUGAAAGUGAGAGAAUAGUUUGUUACCAAGAGGCUGAAGCCACUGCGGAAAGCAAUUGUGUCCCAGAACCUGUGUCUCUCAAAAUGAGUCUAUCAUCCUUACAGACACGUCACCAUAAUGAGCCAGUUACGACUGAUGUCAACUUACUGAUGGCAGAACCUGGAUUGCUUGAACGUGAGCUUGCCUACAACUGUGUUGAGAACAGUAACCAUCUUCAACCCAAUGAAGUCUCAUAUGGACAUAUAUCUUCACUACCGCAUAAUGUUUUAGUCCCUCCCUCUGUCUCCUCCCCCCAUAAACUCCCCAUUGAGACCCAGAGAAGUGAGCAGCCAGUAGCACAGAGCUCUGCUCAGAGUUACUGGUCACCUGUACAAAGUGUAUCAUCAGUGCCAUGUCUGCAGAAAAUACCAGGCCAAGCGCCAGGGCUUGAUUUUGCCCUGCCUAGUCCAGUUCCGGUAGCAAAUUUUGUAGCGCAAGCGGCCACUACCGUGGGUUUCACCCAAUGCCAGCUGUUAUAUGGGCCAACUACGUCAGGGACUAAUGGAGUAGAAUUACAAUCUGCUCCUUUUGAGCAGCCUACUGUGGAAGCAAUGAAUGAACACAUUGUUAUUGAUUCAAGUUCUGAGGAGCUCGAGUAUUCAGAGUUAUCUGAUAGUGACACAAUGGAGGAAUGCUAUCGUAUCUUCAUGGAGGAAGCCAACAAGGGUGAUGAGGGAUCGACAGACCAGGCUUGUACACCUGUAGGAGCUGUGGAUGUGGAGACACCAGGGUUAGCAGUGAAACCCAAACCGUUGCCAGGACCCAGGAAGAGGGUGGCCCAUGUGUCCAGAUAUACUGAGCCACCGGUGGGCAAAAGCAAAGCCCAGGUGAUCGUUCCUUUCCGAGGAGGAGCCCCCCAGUUGUCCAACCCCUCUAAGAUCCAUCAACUGCAGCAGAGGGCCUCCGUUUUGUCCGCUGCUCUGAAAGGAGGCCAGGCGUUCAUCUCCUCCAACGCACAGAGAAAAAUGGUGAUGCUGCCUUCUCCUGCUCAUCAGGCCAGUCAUCAGGCCACCCACCAUCCAGUUCAAUACCUCAUUCACCAGCCAACUCACCAAACUACUAUGCAAAACUCCUGUGUGAACGUCAUACCUGUGGGAACAGCCAUCCAGGUGGGCAACAACCUGCACUUCAUCCUCCCAGAGGGAAGCUACACUCUGCCCAUCACUUCAGCUAAUUCUCCAGUCACCCCAGUCCAUACCCCGGUCCAUACUCCAGUUACCCCUGUUCCUGUACAACCUCAGCCUACUGCCUAUAUCCCUGCUAAGCCCAUUCCUACCAAACGAAAAGCCAAGACGCGUCCUGAGGUCAGCGCCAAAGUCCCACAUGACGUACGGCAGCGCUAUGUAAACCUGUUUGUAGAGGAAUUCCUCAAAACGUCCGUCACUGUACAAGAUGCUUUUGAAAAGGCUCUUGCUGAGGAGAAGACUGUGUAUGAUCGCAGCAUCAACAAACUCAAGUAUCUGAGUGUUGCAGUGAAUGCACUGAAGAGGCUGAAGAACCAGAGCACCGUCUCUGUCAAAGCUGGAAAUGAAACUAAUGUCCAGCUGUCCAAAGGAAAUAUUCCACUCAAUGAAAAAGCACUUUGGGCAAAUGGAGAUGUUGCAUUGUAUGACAGUUUGAAGGAGCACAUUCUGUCAGAGGAGAUAUUGACGGAGAAUAACUAUCCUCUUCAGCACCCAGAGAAAUCUGGCAGUGCCAUACUGUACCGUGAAGACUAUAAAAAGGCAAUCACUGAUUCUUUGAAGAGGAUUUGCUGUCGGUGUGGGGCCACUUACUCUGUGAACCAAGUGGGAAAGCACACUCGCAAGGAGGAGUGCAACUACCACUAUGGGAAAGGAGUUGAGAAGAAGGUUCCAGGUGGAGUAGAAACCCGCUACAGCUGCUGUGAAGGUGUGGCUGGGUGCCCUGGAUGCCAAGUCUUCAAGCUGCAUGUCCAUGAUGCAGUUAGCCUGGAUGGCUUUGUCAGUACCCGUCCUAGGCCUGCCUCUGACAAGGGAUGCCCGGGUGUGUUCUCAGUCGACUGUGAAAUGUGCUAUACCACUCAAGGUCUAGAGCUGGCCAGAGUGACUGUUGUUAACUCCAGUUUGCAGGUCAUCUAUGACACCUUUGUGAAACCUGAUAAUGACGUCAUUGACUACAACACCAGGUUUUCAGGCAUCAAUGAAGCUGAUGUGAAAGGAACAAGCUCGUCCAUCCGAGACGUUCAGGAGACUCUACUGAGCUUUGUCAGUGCAGAGACUAUACUGAUCGGCUACGGCUUGGAAUCUGACCUCUGUGCACUGAAGCUGCUCCAUGGCACCGUGGUGGACACCUCUGUGUCGUUCCCCCACCGCCUGGGCCUGCCUCAUAAGAUGACCCUCCACAAUCUGACAGCAGACUACCUCAGGAGGAUCAUCCAGGAGAGUGGUGGGUCAAAUACAAACAAGUCUGGCAGUGGGGAGGAUGUCCAUCUACUGUGUGUCAUUAAAGUUUUUUUUUUUUUAUACUGUCAAACUGAUCAUGGUGAAAUCAGGGAGACAUGUUGCAUGAAUGUUCUUAAUGAAAAAUAUUUCACAAUUCCAAUUCUGUCCAUUCACUAUAUUUUAAAAAUGUUCUUAGAACACUAAUAAAAAGGGACGUUGCAGGUGAGAAGGAAAAUCUGAGCGAAAAUAUUUUGUGGUGUGUAGGAGGCUACAGUCCUAAAACAUGUAUCCACUAAUGUGAGAAUCAUUCCUGAUCCAAGGCUUUCCGAUACAUGGAAGAUAUAUAUAUAUACACACAGGCCAGGCCUACAUUAGUCUUGCAGUAACAGUGUGUAUGGCAUUGUUCCUGUCUCUUCCAGUGGGUGGCCAUGACUCAGCAGAAGAUGCUGCUGCCUGUAUGGAGCUCAUGCUGUGGAAGGUCAAAGAAGAUGGCAAAACUAAACGAUGGUGAUCUGAAUAAAUCUGCCAUCGACCACCUUCGUUAUUCAUGAAAUCACAGAGAUGUAUGUUAAAAUGUCACUUAUUUGUAUAAAGGUGAAGUGUUGUUGGCUCAUUUCUUCAAAUGGUCUGGGUAGGCUUGGAGAGGGACUAAAAUUCUAUUUGUUAUGUACAUUUUCGUUUUUUGAUGGAAUUAAUUUUUGUUUAAUUUUUGUUCAAUUAUGUUAUGCUUCUCAGUCUCUUAUGCCAAUGUAAUUAUUAUUUGGGGAUGCACUCAACACUGGGAAAGAAUAAUAUAUAUUGAAAGUAAAAGCACAGUAAAGAAAUCUGUUGUGGGAUAUUAUUAUGAUCAUGGUUGAUGGGAACUGCAGCAUUAGGGUUUCAUAGCUAUGUGUGACACCUGAGGAGAUCAGAGUCAAGUCCAACAUCCAAUAAACUCAAUGUGAGCAAGAAACAGGACCCCUCCCCAGUCUAUCUACAGUCCUCAACACUUUCAGAUGUUAUGUGAUGAUACAUAAAACCACAGUGUAACUGAGGAUAAACUAUUUCAAUAAUUAUUUAUCAACACCAUUCUUUUGAAGGAACAGGUUCAAAUUGUGUCAUUUCCUCUACAACCAGGCAAUGAAUGCAAACGUGAACUAAAAUAAAUGGAACAUACAAUAUGAGACAAAAAAAAAAUCUAAUUCCGUUUGGUGACUAUCACUUCUCCCUGAUGAAAGUCAAGUAACAGUAUUGAAAUAAUAUUGCCUGGUGCUGAACCCAUAAAAAAUGUAAUGGACAGAACGGGCAAGGAACCUCUAACCCUGGCAAUUUGACUAACAAACUCAUGGGUACACUCUCAAUCACUGCCUGGUAUUGCUAUGCAAUAAUUUCCAUGGUAAUAUAGAAUGUUCAUUCAAAUGGUGCUAACUGAUGUGGCUCAUGCAAUGGAAUGUAUUUUUUGUAAUGUCAGUUAAGUUGAUUUAACAAAUCACAACACAUGUUGAUGUUUUUUCUUACUGCUUUUAUUUCCUGCUCCUACGUGUACACUCAGAAAGGCUUCCAGUCCACCCAUUAUGCCAUAAUUGAUGUGAAUAGAGAUGUCCAGUCUAUUCAUUGUAUUUCUAUGGCUGAAGCUGUCACUCUGCCUUGCUUUUAAACUUGGUUCCAUAACAGCAACUCCUGAUGCAGAAGAGGCCUGUUUUGAUGAAGAGAAGGAUUAGGAGCAGCAGGACAGCCAGAAGCAGAGCCAGCACAUCCAGGCUGUGGUACUGGUACCAGGUGAGCUGGUGGGCCUGGACCCUCAGGAGCCUGUCCCCUCUGUUUCUCAUGGUGAACUCCAGCCAGAACAAUGCCUCAUCCUUAAGACUGAUCGGUCUGUCAUGAUGGAUUCUGGACAGCCUCAUGGCGUUCUCCUUAUACCUGUUGAUCAAUUCUCAGAUGACCUAGAAUACGUAGAGCCUCCUAUUUAUUUAAUAUAUUUAAUAAAGAUGUGUAUUCAUGUGAUAGCAAACUAGUUGCUAAUUUACUCUGUACUCUGUAGCAAAAUAAAUGUUUGUGAAAAUGAGGACAACUUACGAUGGGUUAUUGAUCACAACAUUGAGUCCAUCCACAAGGUCCCGGGUUUGCAUGGAGUUGAAGUCCAUGAUGACAGCAGCUCCCUUGGCCUUCAUAUGGAUCAUAUUGUCUGGCUGGUCAGCAAACAUAGGAAUACCCACCAUGGGAACACCAUUGUAAAUAGCCUCAUAGAUUCCAUUGGUUCCACCAUGGGUGAUGAAGGCUCUAGUUUUUGUGUGUCCUUAUAGAACAGAAACAAGUAUUCCUAAAUGUAGAUAUUCCAAAGAUAGUCUCAAAUAAUGAUGUUCAACAUCACACUGGUGAAUAGAUUGGUUUAUGCACUAUACCAAACAGGCAUAAUAAUGAAUUAUUGUCUUUGUUAUAAAAAAACCUAUAGCUACCCAGCAGGUCGUUCUGUGGGAUCCAGUUGUAAACUGGUGUUGGGAGCCAGAGUCUCAGGUUUCUCCCCACUGUGCCUCCACAGAAUCUGGCCAUGACAGGGACAUAUUUAUAUGUUAUUAUUUAUAUUUUAUUAUAUUUUAUAUUGAACUGUUUAAGUAUGUUACAUAGGCUGCACAAGACAGAUGCAACACGUCUACUU